UCCAGAAAACCCAAAGGGCCUAAAAUAGAAUCCUGAGGGAUGUCGUGUUGUAAUCCAACUGCUGCUGAAAAGCACUGACUUGUACAUAUGUACACAGAUAUGAUUGGACGCUCUUAAGAGCAGAACAUUUAAAGCAUAGCAGCAGGUUUUUCUGCUGUAGAUUUUCACCUCUGACCUGCUCCAGUUUUGAGUUACAGCUGUUUCAACUACAGCUUAAUUUCCCCGUCGCUGUGUGAGUGACUGAACUUGAAGUAUGCUCAUGUUCCUCUCUUUCUAGGAUUUGUCUGCCCUACUCCUGAAAAAGAUGAGUGAAAAGGAGCUAAAAUUUUUCUUCAACAUCGGUGUGCAGAAGUACGAGGUGGACUUCACCAAUAUGACCCAGACCAGAAUCAUCUCUGGCUACCAGAGACAAAUUUGUUGCAGGCCUGCCUACCGCUCACCAGAGUCCAUGUAUCCUCACCUAAAGAGUGGAAUCCAGUCUGACUUUGCUAAUUGUGACCCCAACGCUGCUGCAGCUAACUUCACCAUAGAUCCUCUACAGGAGUUCAGCUCCUGGUACCCUCCGGUCUGGCUUCAAGGCUCAGAGGAGGAUUACCGCCUGGUUGAUGUUCCGGCCGGGACUCAGGCUUACCGGAGCAUCAAAAAGUUCUUCCACGAAAACCUGCCAGAGACCAAGAUCGACAUCAUCAGCCUCCAGCAGAUCCAGAACCUGCUGCACUGGGACAAGUACCAAAGACAGAAAACACACAUGCAGAAACACACCAAAGCCGAGGGACCUCUGGAGAGACAUCUCUUCCAUGGGACCAGGAAGGUCGCCUCAGAGAGCAUCUGCCUCCACGGGUUUGACCCCCGAGUGGCCGGCCUCAACGGACACUCUCACGGGUUUGGCUCUUACUUCGCUACCAACGCGCUCAUGUCCCACGAAUACACAGAAGCAAACGAGUCCGAUGAGGUUGGUUACAUGUUUCUGGCCAAAGUCCUGGUGGGAAGAGUUUGCUUGGGAAAACAUUACUACCGGCGACCACCCAACACCAAGGUCAGUCUCUACGAUGCCUGCGUCGACAACAAGCAAAGCCCUCGGAUGUUUAUAGUGUUUGACAACUGCCAGUGCUACCCAUACUACCUGAUCAAGUACAAAAAGUUAUCUGAAGAGAUUAAUAUUCAUGACUGAUGACAAUUAAAUCAGAAAUAGUCUGUCAGAAAGUGUUCAUGAUAAUAUGCAGCAUUUUGAAAUGUUAGAAAAUGUUCUGGUUAACAUACACUAUACAGUUCUGCAAUGAAGUUUUCACCAAAAAGGAUUGACAAAAAGCAUCUUUAGAAACCUUUGAUUUGUUUUUACAAGUUCUUUAUUUCGUCUUCUUUAAAAGACCGUACAUCAGUGGAAAUAAGCACUUUUGAGUUUCCUUUUCAAAUUCUCCAGAAUCAAAUUGAAAUGUUUCUGAAAAGUUUUCAGUCAAUAAAAUUCUUUUUCACACAUAAUUAAAUAUAAAAACAGGAAUUGAGCAAUUGUUAUAUUUGUAUUGGUUCUAAUAAAACCGUAUAUCUGACUGCGUUUGUCAAAUAUUUCAGACUGGAAAAUGUUUCACUAAACUCACUUUGCAGGAACAGAGAAACAUAAUUGUAAAUUUUUAUGGAAAUCUAUAUUCCUCCAACAGUUUAUUGCACAAUCCACCAUUUAGAGAGUUUGGACAAAAGUGAUUUUUGAAAUAUUUGUAACAAACUAUGUAGCACAUGAGGAGUGCAAGAGGUGGAGAGUUCCAGUAGGCCAUUUGAGACAUUAUUUCAGGAGAAAAUAAUACAAUAUAGACCUAACAUUUUUAAACAAAUAAUUAAAGUUUGAACUUCUUAAAAAGUCUUCUGUGGUCCGCGAUUAAAAUUGUAAAUAUAUGCUCAAAUAUAACUGUACACCCCAAUAAUAUUAGCUAAAUUAGUCUUGACUAAUUAGCCAUUUAAAGUAAACUUAAAAUUCUGCUGAGCAGAGCUGUCAAAUAUGAAGUCGAGAUGUAUGUAUAUAUUUGAGCCUGUAUGUGUAGUUUCGAUAAUCUUUGUGGAUUUGUGUGAAAUUCUUAUUUCUUUUUCAGAAAUAAGUGAGGCACCUACACAUGGCUGUUUACCAUGUAGAGAGAAAUUAUAUAUGGGCAGUAGAAAUUUUCAUUUAACUUCUGUUUGGCUUUUCUAAUUAAUACAAAAUAAAAAAAAUCACAGUUUGUGCAUCUGUUCGCCAAAAUAACAGCUCACCAGUGUUUUAACAGGAAUAAUAAAAAAAAUAUUGUCUUUAUAGUCUAUUCUGUUUAAAGGUGUAAAUCAAUCC